AUGGCAUAUUGUUGGAAAACAGAUCUAAAUACCAGUGAAUCACAUCAAGAGCAGCAUGAGCACCAAGAAAUUCACUCUGUAAAUCAGUCCUUUUCCCCUAGACAAGUCCAUCUGGGUUUUGAUCAGCUAGUAGAUGAGAUCAGUAAUAAAAUUCCAUUGUAUCAGAGUGAAGUUGAAGAAAACACUGUUUUUGUACCCCGUGCACCGAACUGGGAGUCAAGAAGGCAUUCGUUAGAAGAAACACACCAAACAUCCCGGAAUGAAUUAACUUCUAAAAGUUCAGAACUCUCCUGUCACCAAGUUAGGAAAACACCAGUAAUCGGUUUUCGGCACUCUAUGCUACCAAGUCCUGAAAAUACGAACAAAGGAAGCCCUUGGGGAAACCCCAUAGGAAGAUAUCAUGUUGCUGAUGAUUACAGAUUAAAUCUUUCAGCUUCGUCAUCCACUAGUUUGUAUAAAAUUAAUUCACAGAGAGAAGCAGAAAAUGAAAAUCUUAACUACCAUAUAGGAUUUGAAAGUAGCAUUUCUUUUACAUAUCCAUCCUUCUCAACUGACUUCAUGCCAAAAGAAGAGAAUAAAAGAAGUAGAAAUACGAACCUUAUGGAUUCUCUGAUGCUUUCUGAAGGUUCUUUUCCACCCAGGACGUGGGAAAGUACAUGGUCAGAGAACACAGAGCUGACAGGUUGUUCCAUUCAGCUAGUUGAAGUACGUCAAGGCAGUAAUAAGAGUCUGGCCUCCUUCUGCGAAAAAGUAAAAAUAAUAAGAGAAACAUAUCAUGCAGCGGACAUUAAUUCGAAUUCAGGGAAGAUCUGGAGCACUACUACAGCAUUUCCUUGUCAGCUUUUUUCUAACACUAAGUUUAAUAUAAACAUCUAUAUUGAUAACUCAACACAGCUACUUCAUUUUAAGCCAUACGCCAAUUAUCUUGUCAAAGACCUAAUUGCAGAGAUUCUACAUUUUUGUAGAGAUGACCAGUUAUUCCCCAAAGAUCAUCUUCUAAGUGUAUGUGGCUAUGAAGAAUUUUUACAGAAUGAUUACGCUUUAGGGAGCCACAAAAUAUUUCAGAAAGAUAAAUCUGUUAUUCAACUUAAUCUUCAGAAAAAUGAAAAAGUUCCAGGAAAGUUAUCUCGAAAGCAUGAAGAUGACCACAGUCAGUUUUAUCUGAACCAACUUCUAGAAUUUAUGCAUAUUUGGAAAGUAUCCAGACAGUGCCUUUCAACAGUAAUAAAAAAAUAUGAAUUCCACCUGAAAUGCCUAUUGAAAACCCAGCAAAAUGUAGAUAAUAUUAUUGAAGAAGUAAAAAAUGUAUGCAGUGUUCUGGGGUGUGUGGAGACCAAACAAAUUACAGAUGCUAUAAAUGAACUAAAUCGAACUCUUCGGAGAAAAGCAGAGAAUUUUCAUCAAAAUUCAGACACUUCAGCAAAAGGCUUGAUAGAAAAAGUGACAACUGAACUAUCCAAGGCCAUCUACCAGCUAAUCAGUAUCUAUUGCCGCAGCUUUUAUGCAGAUUUCCAGCCUCUAAAUGUACCUGAUGACAUUUCCUAUGUAAAUCCUGGACUCCAUUCCCACCUUAGCUUCACAGUGUAUGCAGCUCACAACAUUCCAGAGACUUGGGUGCACAGCUAUAAAGCAUUUUCUUUUACCUGUUGCCUUACAUAUGCUGGAAAGAAGUUAUGCCAAGUGAGAAGCUACAGAAAUAUUCCAGUCAAAAAAUUGUUCUUUUUCCUGAUUAACUGGAAUGAAAUGAUCAAUUUUCCUCUUGAAAUAAAGUCACUUCCAAGGGAAUCCAUGCUUACUAUAAGAUUGUUUGGGAUUUCCUGUGCAACCAAUAAUGCCAAUUUACUGGCCUGGACUUGUCUUCCAUUGUUUCCAAAAGACAAAUCCAUUCUCGGGUCUAUGCUGUUCAGCAUGACAUUACAGAAUGAGCCUCCCAUAGAAAUUAUAGCUCCAGGAGUCUGUGAUAUAAGCCAGCCAUCCCCAGUGACCCUCCAAAUUGAUUUUCCAGCUACUGAGUGGGAGUAUAUGAAAAUUGAUUCUGAAGAGAAUAGAAGUAAUCUUGAAGAACCACCAAAAGAGUGCUUAAAACAUAUUGCCAGACUUUCACAGAAACAGUCUCCCUUACUACUCUCUGAGGAAAAGAGAAGAUACUUGUGGUUUUAUCGUUUCUACUGCAAUAACGAAAACUGCUCCCUUCCUUUGGUCCUGGGUAGUGCCCCUGGAUGGGAUGAAAGAACUGUUUCAGAAAUGCAUACCAUUUUGAGAAGAUGGAAAUUUUCUUGCCCUUUGGAAGCACUUGGACUUCUAACUUCUAGUUUUCCAGAUCAAGAAAUUCGUACAGUGGCAGUUCAACAAUUAGACAAACUCUUAAAUGAUCAACUACUGGAAUAUCUCCCACAGCUAGUUCAGGCUGCCAAAUUUGAAUGGAACCUUGAAAGUUCUCUGGUACAACUCCUAUUGCACCGUUCAUUGCAAAGCAUCCAGAUUGCCCAUCGUCUUUCCUGGCUGCUAAAGGAUGCACAGAAUGAAACUUAUUUUAAAAGCUGGUAUCAGAAGCUAUUGGCAGCUCUCCAAUUCUGUUCAGGAAAAGCCUUGAGUGAUGAGUUUUCCAAAGAGAAGAAACUUAUUAAAAUUCUGGGAGACAUUGGGGAAAAAGUCAAGUCUGCCAGUGACCCUCACAGACAGGAGGUGCUGAAGAAAGAGAUUAACAGACUAGAAGAAUUCUUUCAGAGUAUAAAUACCUGUCACCUUCCUCUGAACCCUGCCCUGUGUGUAAGGGGUAUUGAUCAUGAUGCAUGUUCGUAUUUCACCUCUAAUGCUUUGCCAUUGAAGAUUACUUUUAUCAAUGCUAACCCAAUGGGCAAAAACAUCAGCAUCAUUUUUAAGGCUGGAGAUGAUCUUCGUCAGGAUAUGCUUGUUCUGCAGAUUAUUCAAGUGAUGGACAAUAUUUGGCUGCAGGAGGGCUUGGAUAUGCACAUGAUCAUUUAUAGAUGUCUAUCCACAGGAAAAGGUCAAGGAUUGGUGCAGAUGGUGCCUGAUGCCAUAACCCUAGCAAAGAUCCAUCGCCAUUCUGGACUGAUAGGACCAUUGAAAGAAAACACAAUCAAAAAGUGGUUCAGUCAACACAACCAUUUAAAGACUGAUUAUGAAAAGGCCUUAAGGAACUUUUUCUAUUCCUGUGCUGGCUGGUGUGUGGUAACGUUCAUCCUGGGAGUCUGUGACCGACAUAACGACAAUAUCAUGCUGACAAAGUCAGGCCACAUGUUUCAUAUUGACUUUGGAAAAUUCCUAGGUCAUGCACAAACAUUUGGAGGGAUAAAAAGGGACCGAGCGCCUUUUAUUUUUACUUCAGAGAUGGAGUAUUUUAUUACAGAAGGUGGGAAAAACCCACAGCAUUUCCAAGAUUUUGUGGAGCUUUGCUGUCGAGCUUAUAAUAUUGUCAGAAGGCACAGUCGACUGCUCUUGAACCUGCUAGAAAUGAUGCUACAUGCAGGGUUGCCUGAGCUGAGUGGAAUUCAAGAUUUGAAAUAUGUGUAUAAUAAUCUUCGUCCACAAGAUACAGACCUAGAAGCAACAAGUCAUUUUACCAAGAAAAUCAAGGAAAGUCUGGAGUGCUUCCCUGUUAAGUUAAAUAACUUGAUCCAUACACUUGCACAAAUGACGGCCACAAGCCCGGCCAAAUCUGCUUCACAGACUCCUUCCCAGGAAUCCUGUGUGCUGAGUGCAACGAGGUCAAUUCAAAGAGCGACAAUUUUAGGGUUCAGUAAGAAAACCAGUAACCUGUAUCUAAUCCAGGUGACACACGGUAACAAUGAAAUGAGCCUGACAGAAAAAUCAUUUGACCAGUUUUCAAAACUUCACAGCCAACUUCAGAAGCAGUUUGCAUCCUUGGCUCUCCCAGAGUUUCCUCAUUGGUGGCACUUACCUUUUACAAAUUCAAACCACAAAAGAUUCAGAGAUCUAAAUCAUUACAUGGAACAGAUAUUAAAUGGAUCAUAUGAAGUUGCAAAUAGCGAUUGUGUGCUUAGUUUUUUCCUCUCUGAGCCUGCGCAACUAACAACUGAAGAGUCAUCACUUGUGGACCUAGGUGAGAAGUUUCCUGACAAGACGCCUAAGGUGCAGUUAGUGAUAUCACAUGAGGAUGCGAAGCUGACCAUACUAGUGAAACACAUGAAAAACAUUCAUCUCCCAGAUGGCUCUGCGCCCAGUGCACAUGUUGAAUUUUAUCUUUUACCAUAUCCCAGUGAAGUUCGUAGGAGGAAAACAAAAUCUGUUCCAAAAUGUACCGACCCCACUUAUAAUGAAAUUGUGGUGUAUGAUGAAGUUGCAGAGCUCCAAGGACAUGUUUUAAUGCUUAUUGUGAAAAGCAAAACCGUAUUUGUGGGAGCAAUUAACAUCCAACUUUAUAGUGUCCCGCUCAAUGAAGAAAAAUGGUAUCCUCUAGGAAACUGUAUAAUUUGACCAUUUCUAACAAUGAAUGCAUUAUUCAUUAACUACUUAUAUCUUUUUCCACUUCUGGGCCUGUUUAUCACUAGAGCAGGACAUUUUUGUUGUCAAAGGUAGUGCAGUGUACCAAGGACACAAGAAAAAGACAUCAGAAUUAGUCUGUUAUAGUUAUAUAUCUUCUACUUGUGUUUCAUUGUUUUCUUAGAAUCUUUUCUCCUUAAUGAAGUGCCAAUUUGUUGUAUAAAAUAA